CGGAGCUAAUGUCACUAUUAUCCCAGCUACUAUGAAAACACCUGCCCAGCUGCGCCGGGGGCGCCCACACGGCCCAGGCCUGGAGCUCCAGGCCCAGCACUCACGGCUCCGCACACCCCAAGGACCAGGGAGCGCUGCGCCCUCACACCCACUCCCCUGGGAAAGAGCGCAGUGUCCGUAAGGCCGUGAAGCUCAGGCCCUGGCCCAGCCCCGGGCCCAGCCCCCUCCCUCCGCACCCCUCCUCCUCGGCCGCGGGCCGGGAGGAGGGGGUCGGGAGCGCGGCUCCGAGGAUCAGGUGCCGGGUUCCCCUCUCCGCUCCUGUCAAUCAGAGGCCGAGGCAGUAGUCCUGUCGUACACCGGGGCGGGCCUCCACGUGACGGGAAGCGGCGGCGGGGCCCGGACGGAGCCCCUGGGGGAGCUGCGGAGCCAACCCGGAGCCGGGGCCGGGCGGGGCCCAGCAGUCCCGGGCCUUGGCAGCUGCCAGAGCGUGCGGGAGGCUGGGCGGGCGGCGGAACGCGGCUCGGUGCGGCGCGGACCGAGGAGGCCUAGGGUGGGCGAGCGCCGUUUCAUCUAUGAAUGCUCUUGAAAUGAGCUGGCCUACUUGGUUCUUAAAUCAAGGUUUCUGAAGAUUGAUUUCCCUUUCCAUUGCUGUUUGCUGUUUUAUGAGAAGGAAGUGGUAUAUUGCAGAAGGUCAUAUAUUGGCCAGCAGGAACCAUGAAAUUUUGAAUUUUCAAGAUGAAUGAGAUCUUAGAGAUGAUCCAGUAUAGCCUAAUACCCUCAUUUUGCAGAAAAGGAAACUGAAAUCCAAAGAGGUUGAAUUACCUAGUCAAACACCUGGUUUCUGGCAGCACCAAGACGAGAAGCCAGGUCUCCAAACUCCUAGCCAGUAGAUCAUUUGAGAGAAAUGAUGAACAUCAAGGCUUUCAGACUGGUCUCUGCCAUCGAGCGGGAGCUCCUGAUGGGCGACAAAGAUCACAUCAAUAUUGAAUGCAUUGAGUGCUGUGGAAAGAACCUUUAUGUUGGUACCAAUGAAUGUUUCAUCUACCACUUCCUGUUGGAGGAAAAUAUGUCACCAAAUGGAAAGGUCACUUUCUCUGCCACAAAGCAGCGGCACAAAUAUCUGGGUUUCAAGAAGCCAGUGAAUGAAUUGAAAGCAGCAUCAGCCCUCAAUAGGCUCCUGGUGCUUUGUGACAAUACCAUUGCAUUGGUUAACAUGAUGAAUCUCGAACCCAUCCCUUCAGGUGCUCGAAUAAAAGGGGCAGUGACUUUUGCUUUAAAUGAGAACCCUGUAAGUGGGGACCCCUUUUGUGUAGAGGUUUGCAUCAUUUCUGUCAAACGUAGGACCAUUCAGAUGUUUAUGGUCUAUGAAGACCGAGUCCAAAUUGUAAAGGAAGUGUCAACCCCAGAGCAACCAUUUGCUGUGGCUGUGGAUGGCCACUUUUUAUGCUUGGCACUCACUACACAGUACAUCAUAUUGAAUUAUAACACAGGGGCCUCCCAGGAUCUGUUCCCAUAUUGCAGUGAAGAGAGACAGCCAAUCGUGAAGAGGAUAGGGAGGCAAGAAUUUCUACUGGCUGGGCCUGGAGGACUAGGCAUGUUUGCCACAGUAGAUGGGAUAUCCCAGCGCGCCCCUGUGCAUUGGUCAGAGAAUGUGAUUGGUGCAGCCAUUUGCUUUCCAUAUGUAAUAGCUCUAGAUGAUGAAUUCAUUACAGUGCAUAGCAUGUUGGAUCAACAACAAAAACAGACUUUGCCUUUUAAAGAAGGUCAUAUUUUACAGGACUUUGAAGGAAGAGUGAUUGUAGCUACCAGUAAAGGAGUAUAUAUCUUGGUUCCAUUACCCCUUGAAAGACAAAUUCAAGAUCUCCUUGCAAGUCGAAGAGUGGAAGAAGCUUUAGUUUUAGCAAAAGGAGCACGAAGGAACAUUCCAAAAGAAAAAUUUCAGGUAAUGUACAGAAGAAUCCUGCAGCAGGCGGGGUUUAUACAGUUUGCACAGCUUCAGUUCCUAGAAGCUAAAGAACUCUUCAGAAGCGGCCAGCUUGAUGUCCGGGAGCUGAUAUCUCUGUAUCCCUUCCUGUUGCCUACUACUUCUUCAUUCACACGGUCUCACCCCCCUCUGCAUGAGUAUGCAGACCUGAACCAGCUGACUCAAGGAGACCAGGAGAAGAUGGCCAAGUGCAAAAGAUUCCUCAUGAGCUACUUAAAUGAGGUCCGUAGCACUGAAGUGGCAAAUGGCUACAAAGAAGACAUUGACACUGCUUUGCUCAAGUUGUAUGCAGAAGCAGAUCAUGAAAGCUUGCUGGACCUUUUGGUCACAGAGAACUCCUGCCUUUUAACAGACAGUGUGGCGUGGCUUGAGAAACACAAAAAAUAUUUUGCACUUGGACUUCUUUAUCAUUAUAAUGGCCAGGAUGCUACUGCAGUGCAGUUAUGGGUGAACAUUGUGAAUGGAGAAAUCCAUGACUCUACUCGUUCAGACCUUUAUGAAUAUAUUGUUGAUUUCCUAACCUACUGCUUAGACCAAGAACUAGUGUGGAAAUAUGCUGAGUGGGUAUUGCAGAAAAGUGAGGAGGUUGGAGUUCAGAUUUUUACCAAAAGACCUUUGGAAGAGCACCAGAAAGAUAUCUUCAACCCAGAUGACAUCAUCAACUGCCUUAAAAAAUACCCUAAGUCUAUUAUUAAGUACCUGGAACAUCUAGUUGUGGACAGGAAAGUACAAAAGGAAGAGUAUCACACUCACUUAGCCAUCCUGUAUCUAGAGAAAGUGCUUCAGCAGAAGCCCAGUGCAAAUGGUAACUGUGCAGAAGUGACUGAAACUCAGGCAAAGCUACGGAGUCUGCUUCAAAAAUCUGAUCUGUACAGAGUCCACUGCCUGAUAGAUAAAAUCCAGGGGACCAGCCUUCACAUGGAAAGUGCAAUAUUACAUGGAAAGCUGGAGGAGCACGACAGGGCCCUGCACAUCCUGGUACAUGAGCUAAAGGACUUCUCUGCGGCUAAGGAUUACUGCCUGUGGAAUUCUCAGAGUAAAGACCCUCUGUAUCGGCAGCGGCUCUUCCACAUGCUGCUCUCUGUUUACCUAAAGCCAGGACCCUCUGAUUGUGACCUGGUUCCGGCUGCCGUGGACCUCUUGAACCACCACGCCACCGAGUUCGAUGCAGCUCAGGUUUUACAGCUGGUGCCUGACACCUGGUCGGUUCAACUUCUGGCACCUUUCCUUACCAGGGCUGUGAGGGAAAGCCUUCACACCAAGAGGAUGACUCAAGCUGCAUUGGGUUUGGCCAAAGCAGAAAACUUACUCUACAAACAUGAUAAGAUAAAAUUAAAAGGAAGCCCAGUUCGGCUGUCAGACAAAAAGCUUUGCCAGAUGUGCCAAAGUCCCUUUUGUGAGCCUGUGUUUGUUAGGUAUCCGAAUGGUGGUGUUGUCCACACUCAUUGUGCUGCAAAUAGACACACGAACCUUAACUCAUCUAGCCCUGGCAAUCGGACUUGAAAAAGACACAUUUGUACUUGCAAACACUUAUUCCUUUGUAAAAUGUGCUGGAUAAAAAGACCAGAGUACAGCUGCUCUUGACAUCAAAAUGAAAGAAUCAUACCCUGGGUGCUGGGAAGGUGUCAGUCGAUGUGAAACAUGAACAUUUAAUUGCUGAUCUUUUUUAUGAAUGUAAAUGAAAAAUACCUUAUCAUAAAUAGAAUCAUUCAAGAGUGAACUUCUCCUUGUAAAUAGUAAUCGAAAACAAACGUCUGCUUUCUUCUGAAAGAAAAAUGAGCCUUUCCUUUUUCAUCAAGGCAAAUCGUGGGGGAAACCAGGACUGACAAAUUCCUUUCUUUCUUUUAAGGAACAUAAAUUUGCACUGAAAAUAUUUGCUAUAAUGUGACAUGAUGAUGAGGGUGUCUUUUUUUUUUUUUUUGUAAAUCCAAGGAAGUGGUCAGUGUUUAGAGAUCUUGUUAAAUAGAGGGGCUCACACUGUGCCACUCUUUCCAAGAUCCUGCAUUAAUCACGGUCAAUAUAGCACAUCCAUGUUUGGGGUCUACAUCCACUUUUUCAGGAAUAGAUCAUGAACUAUACUUUUGCUUUGAAAUUGCUGGCUUUGGGGGGCCACCUCUGUGUUGUUACUGUUCUCUGUUUCCCAACCCAUUAUUUUGGUUGGCCAGAUUUCCACUAAGCACUAACCCUUGGGUUAUUUAUUUGUUUUUCUGCUCAAUGCAAUGUGUUCAUAUCCAUUGGAAAUGGAUAGUCUCUCAUAGCUUAAAAAACAAAAAAAAACCUACCUUCAGGACUUAAAAGACAGUGGCAACAAUCAAGUCAGUCUACCUGCUUAGUGGCCACGUUUCCAUUCCUAUGUCCUAUAAAAAUGUUUCCUCACCCACCAGUAUGAAAUUCUACAACUAACACGUUGGACUAGGAGAUUUUAUUUUUAACUUAAAUCAUAUUCACAUUGACUUUUUUUGUUUGUUCCUAAAUCCUUUUACUUUACUUGGGGUUAUUUUUUCUUCAUUAACAAUUUACCUCUUAUCCAGAACUUGGAUCAUUAAAAGGGAAUCACUCAGUGGGGACAAAUAGAAUGUUGUCUUCAUGAGACACCUGUUUUGACCUCAUGUAUUUGGACAAGUGGUUCAGGAAAGCUGCCUUUGCACAGAUGAUGGAGAAAUACUUUCCCUGAUGAGUGCUUUGUCUACUACCACAAGGAAAAAAAAAUCCCAUAAGGCAGUCCUGCCUCCUGAUACGUGCAUACUUUUUUAACGUUUAUUAAUAAAGCGUGAAAAUGCUUCUCAUUCUCAAAAGAUUUGGAAUUCAUGUUGUGUUUUUGGUAUAACAUUAUUGAUCAUUUAAAGCCACUAUGGUUUCAUUGUCCUAUUUUAGAUUUGUGCUAGGACACAAAUUUGUAGUUAUAGUUUCUAGUCAGAACUGGCAUUCAGGAAAACCAGCCAUGCAGCUGUUACUUUCCAAAUUCAAGCACUAUUUUGCUACCUGUGAUAACUUAAUGAUGCUAAACAGUGCCCUCUAUUACUGUUCAUCCACUACCGACUUGUGAAGGUUUGCUGUUCAGCCGAUUCCCAGUUCCAUUACAAAUGUUUCCUGUCCUAAUUGUAAUCUGCUCUUCCUUUCCCCUUUCCCAAUUCCAAGUGGGUCAAAAAUUAAGUAUCACUACAUUAUUUGGGGGCAAGGGGAAUGGUAUCAUUCUCUCAACUCAUUGUGGCUCUGUUAUCUGAAGAAUAAAUUAUUAAGAAAUUAUGCUCUGUAGCUGGACUAUAUCGGAUGUAAAUUGAUUUGUGAUUAAUUCAGAACCCGCUCAUGAAUUUUGCACAGCUGAUGACUCUACUGCUUACAGAAUGAUUAUAUUAUUGCCCAUGUUGUAAUUACAACUUGUGAGUUUGAAUUUAUACUCCUUGGAGAAUGGACACAAAGAUGUGGAACACUGCACCUUUUAAAGUACUCCCUCCACAGGAUGAACAGAAGUUUGGAUAAGUCUUGGUGAUGCUGUCAUCCUCCCUUUUCACUGAAUGAGCAAUAGUCCUGUGAAACUUUAAGCAUGCAUGAGACAGAUAGGAACCAGAUUUGGACAAUUCUCCAUUUCUACCCUAUUGGGGUUUUGGCACAAACAGUGGUCUGCCUUGUUGGGCAGAAUUAUCUUAUACGUUGGAAGUAAACCCCUUCCUCUGUCUCCUGGAAGUCCUUUUUCAUAUUUAAUAACUUUUUUAAAAAAUGAGGUCCCUCCCAGUAGGGCAUCUACUGUUUUGUAAUCAUGCUACUGUGUAGAACAAUUAAAAUGUUCAUUCAGUCACUCUUGCCACUAGAUUUUGCAUAACUUUUUGGUUCAUUCAGCAUUAUCUAAACUGUUUACAUUAAUACUUCGUGGGCAAUAAUGUGCUAUUUUAAUGAACUACUUAUCUUCCAUUGCCUAUAAAGUAUUAAUGUGUAUUAAAGGUGUUAUGUUUGCAGUAGAGAGAACUUCAAGCUAAAAAGUUGACGUCCAUGAGAAUAAUUAAACAUGCUGCUACUUGAAAAGGGGGUGGGGGGCAGGCACAGUUUGUUAGCUGUGGUUUGCGAUCACGUUCAUGCCUGUAUUCUGACAAAGAGAACCCCUGCUUUCUGCUUGUGCUCUGCAGGAAACUUUUAUCCUUGCUACUCUGUUUUUUGACUUCUGAUUAUGUCAGUGCACAGGGCCAGAAAUACACAGAAUGUACAAAUGUAAACAUAUGGAUUUUAUUAAAAUUCUUCUAAUUCUUGG